CCGUAUUGAGAAACCCGGUCGGGUGCAGAGAGAUCAAAAGGGGUAUUAUCAAUAUACUCGCAUGGUAUAUUCUGUGUGUAAUGUAACGAGUCGAAAAGUUUAUACCAAACAAACAUCGUGUCGUCCCGUUGGCAGUCUAGUCUGGAAAAUCCAUGAUACUCCAUCGGGAAAGCAUUAAUAAAUAUUUCAGGAUCUAUAUCUUUCCGAAGGAUUUAUAAUCUUUUUACAAAAAGGGAAGAAACCAAGAACCAUGCCAGCCGAGACAGUCACCCUCCCGGUCAUCAGCAACAAGAUCCCUGCCCCACUGACAGGCAGGGAGUUCUUGACCGCUUCCCACUACCGCAUCGGCAACGACAGAAGACUCAGCAGAAGCGCAACCAAGAGAAGCACCUUCAAGAAAGACUAUGUGGCGCACCGGUUCUACGGGAGAGGGGAUCCGGCUGAACCUCCUGCACCAGCUUCGGUCAUGCACAAGGACCUAGUGGCGAGAUCAGCGGAUACCACAGAGACACAUGCGUCCUACAAGGGAACCUUUCUUCCUCGGGUCAGCCAGUGCACCGCCCUCACGAAAACCAACUUUAAGAUGGACUCUGAUCACCGGGUCGAAUCCUUCCUGACGUCACACUCUCAAGAGUUCCAGACACCGAAAGCAAUGACCCGAUCUUUGCCGAACCCCGAACCGAUGAGGAGUUACGUACCCGAGGGGGAUAAAGAAAAGGAGAGGAUGCCAGCUUCGGAUUAUCACGGAAAUUUCCGAGGGCACGACACGUCGGUGAUCAAGGUGCCGAGAGCGCCAUGUAUGCACACAGGUGGCGAGCCGACAAUCAGAGGGGAUUCUCGUACUCAUGAGCCAUACGAUACGUCGUCAAAAGAACAAUUUCCAGGCAGAUACCUUCCUUACGUCGCCGUAAAACCAGAUCUUGCCGGAUCGAGCAUCCCACAAGGAGAUAUUGAUAAAUUGGUCCAUCGAGAAACAACACAGCUGACGUCAUACCCAAGGUUCAGCGGAGAAGUUUAUAAACCAUACCAGAGGGACGACGCCGUAACCAGGAUACGAGAUACAAACUUCAAGAUGGGCCACAGCAAGAAAUAUGACCAGUUCAGCACAACGGCUGCAGACAAUUUCAGUGCAAAGAUUCUUCCACCUUUUCAAAAGCACGUGCCUUAUGACAGCAAUGCUAGCAGUAUUCCGUCGGGUGAUAUGGACCCCGAGAGGAUUAUGGAUAGAACAACGGCUACCAACUAUUCCAUCUACCAUCAACUGCCGCCUUCAAAAUUCCGAAACAAGAUAGUCUCGGGUGCCAUGAUGCGGACUGCAAGUGACGUCACAUUCGGAGAACCUCGAAAACUUUCGUCAUAUUACUCGACAACACAAUCGGAUGACUAUCCGGCUCUCGGCAAGUCGGCUUUUGCCGUUCGUGCCGAUGGACUGCAGAAUUCAUCAGUACCUCUUGACGUAUACGGUGAUAUUCGGACUGUUUCAACGACCAAGGAUGAUUUUCCACCUCCUUACGGUGAGGGCGUCACUCCCAACCGAGUACUUGGUGAAGAUCAAGUCAACAAGCUCCGUGCUUCUCAUUUCGACGCUCACAUCGAGAAAAAUCGCUAUUUCGACACAACACACCUUGCCACAUACACAGCCAAACAAGUUACCCCUUACAAAUACGACAGCAACAAACUUCAAAAGAGUUCAGUACCAAUCGGCACAUUUAGCCAAAGUAUGCCCUAAUUAUGACGCCAACUGAAGAGUAGUGAUUCAUUACGUCACAAAGAAGUCUUAAUGCGAGGACCGGUGUUUCAUUAAGUUGUUCGUAUGUUAAAAGUGACUUUAAGAAUGACUGGUGAUCCUUUCUUGUGGUAAAUGUUAUAUUCAUUGACGAUGAUUUAGCGCGUAAGAAAGGAUCA